CCGGGCAAGGCUGAGAGAGAGAAGAAGUUUUGGCAUGGCCUGGGGGAGAUGGAGAGACCUCAGGUUGGAAGCGCCAGGGGACCGCCAGGCCAGCAUCUGCUCCCGAGCAUUGCCAUGUUCUGAAGCUGUUGAGAAGCCAACCAGCCCAGUGGUAUCGAGGGUGCUUGAAAGGACCUCCGUUGGCUUCACUGCAUUUUAGCACUUGCUGACUGGACUCUCGGCAACCCCUUUGAAGAGAAAUAGAGAAAUCCUAAGUUGCAGGAAGACGGCUAUUGGGGGAAGGGGGGGAAAGGGACAUUUUCUGAUCAAUCUCCUUCUUGCAGAAGAUUUUUCUUUCCAGUACAAGAGAGAGGACAAGUUUUGCAUGAAAAAGUUCCCCAAAUCCUUCCUGAUCAUCAGAGCUCAACCUGAAGGCACUAGACAUGGAGAAGGAGGUUGGGAAAUCCAUGGAUACUCAGAUGGAUAAAUACAUAGUGACUAUAAUGGGGAAGUCAGAAAGCCAAAUGGAUAUUGUCGAAAAAUCAAACAAAACUGGGCAGAAGUCCUGGAGCUUGGUAGCUGUCUGUCUGUCUGUGCUGCUAGUCCUCAUGACCUGUGCUCUGGUGACCCUUGUGGUACUGUAUUCAAAGAGCAAAGACACGCAGUACGGUGGCAACCUAGAGAACAUAUGCACCACUCACGGUUGUGUGACUGCAGCGGCUCGGAUCAUUCAGAACAUGGACCCAAAGGCUGAGCCCUGCCAGAACUUCUAUCAGUAUGCCUGUGGUGGAUGGCUGAAUAGGCAUGUCAUCCCAGAAACGAGUUCUAGAUACAGCAUCUUCGACACCCUAAGAGAUGAGCUUGAGAUUAUUCUCAAAGGUGUGCUGGAGACGCCCAAUAGCAAAGAUCGAGAAGCCUUCCAGAAGGCAAAAUUACUUUACAGAUCUUGUAUGAAUGAAAGUUUCAUAGAGCAAAGUGAUUCCUUACCAUUGCUGGAGGUUUUAGACAUGAUCGGAGGCUGGCCGGUGGCUUCUGCAGACUGGAAUAUUACCGACGAGCCAAAGUGGAGCAUGGAAGAACAGCUUGCCCUGCUGAAUUCUCGAUUUAAUACCCGGAUCCUAAUUGACCUAUUUGUAUGGCAUGAUGACCGGGAUUCCAGCCGGAAUAUAAUUUAUAUUGACCAACCUGGGUUGGGAAUGCCCUCCAGAGAUUACUAUUUCAACAAUGGCAGCUACAAAAAAGUGAGAGAAGCAUAUUUCCAGUUUAUGGUCACCAUUGCCAAGAUGAUUAGGAAAGACAUGAACUUGUCCAGAGAUGACAGCUUUGUUCUGGAAGAAAUGAGGAAGGUGAUGGAGUUUGAAACAGAUAUUGCAAACGCUACAACUCCGGUAGAGGAAAGACAUGAUUCCACGUCCCUCUACAAUAAAAUGACGAUUGCUGAGCUCCAGGAAAGAUUUGAUUUGAGCGACUUCAACUGGACCUUCUUCAUCCGAAACAUCAUGUCUUCAGUAAAUAUCAAGAUCAGUCCCAGUGAGGAGGUGGUUGUACACGGAAUACCAUACCUCCGGCAGUUGAAAGCCGUCAUCGCCAACUAUUCAGCCAGCACUCUCCAGAACUACCUGGUUUGGCGCAUGGUGCUUGACAGAGUUAGUGGCUUGAGCCGGCGUUUCAAAGAAGCCCGGGCCAGUUACAGGAAGGCUCUUUAUGGUACAAUGGUGGAGGAGGCUCGGUGGCGGGAGUGUGUGAGCUACGUCAACACAAACAUGGAGAACGCGGUAGGCGCACUAUAUGUGCGGGAGACUUUUGCCGGCAAGAGUAAAAGGAUGGUCGGAGACCUCAUUGAAAAAAUCCGUGAAGUGUUUAUUGAAACUCUGGAUGAAUUGCAGUGGAUGGAUGAAGUAUCUAAAGGAAAAGCUCGGGAGAAGGCGAUUGCAAUCAAAGAGCAGAUCGGCUACCCAGAUUACAUUCUGGAAGAGGAGAACGAGAAACUGGAUCGGGAAUAUGCAAAUCUUAACUUCAGUGAGCAUGAAUACUUCAAAAACAUCCUGCAGAACCUCCGAGCGCAGGCACAGAAAAGCCUGAGGAAGCUGCGGGAAAGGGUCAACCAAGAUACAUGGCUCAUUGGUGCUGCUGUGGUCAAUGCCUUUUACACUCCUAACCGAAACCAAAUCGUAUUCCCAGCCGGUAUCUUGCAACCCCCUUUUUUCAGCAAGCAUCAACCUCAGGCGCUGAACUUUGGCGGGAUUGGGAUGGUCAUUGGGCAUGAAAUCACACAUGGGUUCGAUGACAAUGGUAGAAAUUUCGACAAAGAUGGCAAUAUGUUUGACUGGUGGAGCAACGUCUCGGCCCUGCAUUUCAAGGAACAGUCGCGCUGCAUGGUCUACCAGUAUGGGAACUACACUUGGGACCUGGCAGGUGGACAAAACGUCAGUGGAAUCAACACACUGGGGGAAAACAUUGCUGAUAAUGGUGGCAUCCGUCAGGCAUACAAGGCUUAUUUAAAAUGGGUUGAAAAAGAAGGAAAGGAACCGAGAUUACCUGGGCUGGAUCUAACCCAUAAACAGCUUUUCUUCCUCAACUUCGCACAGGUAUGGUGCGGUUCCUACAGGCCAGAGUAUGCCAGCCAGUCUAUUAAGACCGAUUCCCACAGCCCUCUGGAAUACAGGGUGAUCGGUUCUUUGCAAAACUUUGAAGCCUUUUCUGAAGUAUUCCAUUGCCAGAAGGGCACCCUGAUGCACCCCAUACAGAGAUGCAGGAUUUGGUAGCAGAAGGAGAGAGAGACUGAGACGCUUAAACUUUGUUGCGGGAACUCUGCAGUCCGAAACACCCAACUCGUCCUGAUUUUUGCCAACGACGUGCCUGGUGGUUUACGAAUCCUCCCCUUGCGCUCCCUGUUCAGCCACGGCUAUCGUUCAUGGUGCAGCUACCACAGCAAUGACUGUUCACACUGUCGUGAUUUGAGUGGGUAUCAACUGGACUGGGGGGGGCCCUCAAUACCUCUUUGUGUCAAUGAAAGCUACAGAAAGCUUCAGGGAAAGGAAAGGAAAAACAACGAGGAGACUGUUCUAAAGACAUCGACUGUUAUUCAGCUACAUCAGGGUUUUUAAAAAGAGAAGUAUUUAAAAGUUCUAUUUUUCAUCCUUAGUCGAUAUGCUGUAUGCUUUUGGGCUUGUUCGGGCAAAGCUUUUUCAAG